AUGACCGCUCCAGUGGUCAAUUCGGUUCUCCCGGUGCCUUCUGUGGCCGACAGGCCCAUCAAGAACACGGUCGUCCUCUUCGAUGUCGACGGCACGCUCACUCCUGCUCGUUUGGUCAGUACCUCUCCCCUCGGAUUGCCGGCAGAGACAGGCGACUGACCAGCAUGGUCCUGUUAGAGCGUCUCCCCACAAAUGCUGUCGCUCCUCGCUGCCCUACGCCAAAAGGUUGCAAUUGGUUUCGUUGGUGGCUCGGACCUCAAGAAGCAGCAAGAGCAGCUCGGCACCAACGACAUCAACGUCACCACCCUCUUCGAUUUCGCCUUCGCCGAGAACGGCUUGACCGCGUACCGGUUGGGCGAGCAGCUAUCGUCGAAUUCUUUCAUCAAGUAUAUUGGCGAGGAGAAGUACAAGCAACUGGCGAGGUUCAUAUUGCACUACAUUGCGGACCUGGAUAUUCCGAUCAAGAGGGGUACAUUUAUUGAGUACCGAAAUGGCAUGAUCAAUGUCAGCCCCAUUGGCAGAAACGCCAGCAAUCAGGAGCGAGGAGAGUACGAGAAGUAUGACUUGGAGCACAAGGUCCGUGAGAAGUUCAUCGAGGCGUUGAGGAAGGAGUUCCCUGACUUGGGAUUGACGUAAGUCUUGACGCGAAGAAGCUGGUCCUGAAUUGGCAAGCUGAUUGAUGAUAGAUAUUCCAUUGGCGGUCAAAUCUCGUUUGACGUGUUCCCGACUGGCUGGGACAAGCGUUACUGCCUGCAGCACAUCGAGAACGAGAAGAAUUUGCCUGGCGGAGUGGAGUUCAAGACUAUCCACUUCUUUGGUGACAAGACGUACAAGGGUGGCAACGACUACGAGAUCUAUGAAGACCCGAGGACCGAGGGACACAGUGUCAAGAAUCCAGAAGAUACCAUGGCGCAACUGAAGAAGCUCUUCGACCUCUAA